UUGGGGUAUAAGCCUUGCCUCUACGGCAACUGCUGCGGUAGUGCACGCCUGCAUCCACAGUGCUCAGGUGGUCGCCGUCAGCUGUUUCACAAUCAGCUGAACAGCGUCUUCAACAUGACCAAGCGGCUGCUGCUGUUGUCGCUAUCGGUGGCGUGGGUGGCGGCGCUGCUCUGCGGCCUCGCUGCUGGAGUCUGCGAGCCAGAUUGCAGCGGCCCUUCCCCUCCGCCAAUUAUACCAGAUCCUCGCAACUGCACCCAGUUUUACCUCUGUCUGGCGACCGACUUGCCCUCGGAUGCUCCUGGGUUUUGUCCAGCUGGUACAUCCUUCAACCCAACAGCCGUAGAUUGUUCUGGUACCACACCUUGUAGACCAAACUGCAUGCUACCAGCGUGUAGUUCAACAUGUACCAAAGACCUGGACAUGAUCUAUGACCGGACGAAUUGCAGCCGCUAUUCUAUUUGCUUGGGAAGCAGCCUCUUGGGGCCCUUCGACUGCCCAGCGGACAAACCUUACUUUGACGGCGUGAAGCAGGCCUGCAGCGCGGACAAGCGCGGGUGUUGCAUCGACCCGUGUAUUGCCUACUGCUAUGCCGCAGGGACAGAAGCACCUGACCCCUAUGACUGCACCAAGUACUACUUGUGUGUCGAUGUGGGACUACCUUACGAGAUGUUCCAUAAUACCUGCCCUUCAGGGUCCAUCUUUGACGUACAGCUGGGUCACUGUGUGGUUGGCGCCACUUGUAAAGCACUGUGUAACGACCCCACGGUCCCCGGGGGAGGAAUCAUUUCUGUCUAG